AUGGAUACAGAUUUCAGACAGAACAGUUUGGACGAAGGAGUCCAAACGGAUAUUUCAAUGAAAGACCUCUACUUUAAAGACAGAAUAGAAUCACCCAUGAAUGUCCAACCCGACGCAGAAAUGCCUUCGAUAUCGGGAAUAGCAUACAUUGAGAUGCAACCAACAGAAAAUGAUAAAGAAGAAACAAAGAAAGUUUUCUUUGUUGACAAAGUAUUUCCCUUGAUCCUGAAUACUGCUUUGGAACAUAAAAAGAUAUUACAACAGAUAUUAUUCAGCCUUUUACUGUUGGUGUAUCUAGCGUAUGUUGUAUACUCUCUGUUGUUCCGGUUCGGAGACGAGGGUUCCUGGAGACUUCUGAUUUGUACAAUAUUACUACUGAUGUACCUCGGCUGGAGGAUUAUCAAAUCACUGUCUGUGUACCGAUCAUUUAGAAAAAUUCUUGGAACGAAGAAUCCUCCCAAUGUGGUUACAGUAAAGAAGAUUAUAAGAUGGAUGCUGUACUUUGUGGUACUUACUCUCAUAGCAACAUACAUAGGACUCACGGUUGUACCAACUAAUCCACGAAACCUCAUCUCUCUCGGCGGAAUCUUCGUCCUUGUCUUCAUCCUACUCCUCGUGUCCAACAAUAAGAAGAAGAUUAAUUGGCACACUGUAUUCUGGGGUCUUUCCCUCCAGUUCGGUUUCGCCCUGGUCGUCCUGCGGACAGAGUGGGGUCGUAGUGCUGUGCGCUGGGUAGCAGACAGAUUAUGGGAAUUCGUUGAAUUCUCCGACAAGGGAUCGAGUUUCCUGUUUAGCGAAAAUUACAAAACGUUUAAGGUCAUAUUCAGGGUUGUACCUUCUGCGAUCGUGUUCUGUGCCGCCAUGUCUGUUUUGUCCUAUCUCGGCAUCUUGGAUUUUAUCGUCUCAAACAUUGGCGGUUUCCUUGGUUACUGCCUACAAACCAAUCCUGUAGAAUCAAUCAACGCUGCCACGAAUAUAUUUCUGAGCGGUACAGAGUCUCUAGUGUUCGUCAAAGAUUAUAUAGACACGUUAUCGACGUCUCAUAUUUUCUGUAUUUACACAAACGGAGUGUCGUCGAUAUUCGGAGUCCCUCUAAUAGUGUUCACAAACUUUGGAAUACCAAUCGAAUACCUUUUCACGGCUUCUAUCAUGUCAGCACCAGCAUCCCUAGUUGUAUCUAAGAUGAUGUAUCCAUCUGACGAGAACAAAGACGAUGAUGACGAUAAAAGUGUGAUUAUUGGAACACAGAAUAGACCGAAGAGUUUGGUGGAAGCCCUGUCAACAGGGGGAUUACAAGGCCUACAGCUUGUAAAGAAGGUCCUCAUUAAUCUUCUUAUCUACAUAUCCCUUUUCGCCUUCGUCAAUGAAACGAUCACAUGGUUUGGGAAUAGAGCGGGAGUGGAGGAACUCACACUUGGGAAAAUGUGUUCUUAUUGCUUUUGGCCGCUAGCCUUCAUCAUGGGAGUCGAUUCUGUAGAUUGUCUCAAAGUUGCGGAAUUGAUGGGCGUGCGCAUCUUUGCAACGCUCUUCCUGAGUUACAUACAAUUGGCAAAAUAUUUUUCCAACAAAGAACAAUACAACGAAUACCUAGCAUUAUACAACUACACAGUACUGACGUCAAGUGGCGAUAUCUUCCUGCCGAACUGGAACACAACGUUAGAAAAUGGAGUUUUGACAGACCGCUCAGAGUUGAUCGCUACCUAUGCCUUGUGUGGGUUCGCCAGUAUUCCCUCUGUUGUGAUGUCACUCGCCUCUUUUGCUGCUCUUGCCCCUGGGCGACAAAGUGAGCUAUCUACCAUGGCGAUCAGAGGAUUAUUAGCUGGGACCUUGGCUAGUUACCUUACCGGAUGUGUUACUGGAUUACUGUUUGUCUGA